UUCAGCCCAGUGUAAGAAUCAAGUCCAAGACCCCGCUUUCUGGUCAACAUCUUGCCAUGUUGGCCUGCAGAGUCUACAACUUCUUUCCCAAUAAGAUCAAAGUGAGCUGGCUCAGAGAUGGACAGGAAGUGAACUCUGAUGUCACUUCGACUGAAGUGAUGCCAAAUGGUGAUUGGUACUACCAGACCCACUCCCACCUGGUGUACAAACCCAGGUCUGGGGAGAAGAUCUCCUGUGUGGUGGAGCACGCCAGCCUGAGUGAACCUCUGAUCACUGACUGGGAUCCCAGCUAUCUGUACAAGAGGUCUAGAUUGGCUCUCCAUCUAAAUGGCCUGAUUCUCGUCACCAUUCACAGCUGCCAGGCUGCCGUCUGGCUCCGCAGCAUCCUCACCUGGCCCAGCCUCUGCCGCCUCUACACCGCUGCCCAAUCCAGCUCAGCCUGA